AUAAGGUGUUUGAAUUUAAGCUCUCAUGAAAAAGACAAGAACGUGAAUUAUUCGAUUGUGGCUAUGCUGUCUGAUACUUUGUCUGGUACACCAUGGUUGGCACCAUCAUCAAUGUGUGAGAUUAUUUCAUCGGCUAUGAUACCUGUUAAAGAUAAUUCGUUAUUUUGGAGAGAUUAUUAUUCUGAAAUACAGUUGCAGUGGGAUACUCCUGAUUGUCGAUAUUGUGAGUACAGUGGAGGAAGAUGUGGAUUGGUUGCGGACCAUGCUCUUAGCGUUGCUUGUUAUGAUCUUCCCACGUAUCAAGGCCUAUCGAAGAAAGUCAAGUAUGGUUUAAUUCUAGGUCUAGGAAUACCUGGAAUCUUAGGUAUUAUUGUGCUUACAUGUAUGUUAUGCAACAAGAAGAACACAACUAAUCAACUACAUCGUCAAAGAGACACUGAAUUCUCAACCAUGAUUAUGCCACACCCCCCAAUUGUAGUUAUGGGCCUUGAUGGGCCAACAAUAGAAAGAUAUCCUAAAACCCAGCUUGGUGAAAGUGGACGAUUGCCAAGGCCCAAUGACAACAUUUGCUCAAUAUGUCUUUGUGAAUAUCAACCCAAUGAGGUAUUGAGGACUAUCCCAGAAUGUGAUCACUAUUUUCAUGUGAAUUGUAUAGAUGGAUGGCUCAAGAACAAUGCUACUUGCCCUUUGUGUAGAAAUUUUCCAGAGAGAUCUACUUCAUUUCCUUCUUUUUUGCAUGUCACCAACUUCUUAAUUACUAGUAUUUUUAUUGUAUAGUUGGAGUAUUAUAUGUAUAUUAGAUAUUAGAUAUAAAUUAUUUGGCUACAAUUGGAGUUACAAGGUGAGUAUAAAUCGUCCGAUCCGAAUUCACUGUUGUCAAUAAAUGAUGCAAUUUUACGUUGUAA